CUGCGUAGGAUCGUACGUAUCCCUCUCUCGAAAGUUGAAUUUAGUUUGUGUGAUGUAAUAAGUCUAUGCUGAUUUGUUUUAAAUUCUUAUUUUACCUUUACUGUACCUACAUACACAUAAGUUACUUAAGUUUAUUGUAGUUGGAAUCGUGCAUUGGAUCAUUAAUUAGUAUUCGUGCAUUGGAUAUCUAAGUUAUUAUUACCUACAUUAUAAUAAUAAAUCCCACCAAAAACAUCAUGUAAAAUGUUGCCAAGGCGAACCGAUGGCUCGCACUGUGUAAAAGUUAUUAUCAGAUCUCAUGUAGAGUCAUGUCAUGCUUUUGAACCUAGACGCCCUAAGCCUAGGCGCAGACCACCGAUUUUUUUCGGCCGAUAGUUUACUCGGGCAGUUAGGUAAGUAAUCAGUAUGGGCAUGUAUGGAAGUGCGCACAUUAUGGUGCAGGGUGAGCAGGUGCUAAGAGCAGGGUGAGCAGGAUGACCAGCGUGCCGCGCGAACCCGUGCGCCCAGUCUGGAUGCACCAUUACACCGAUUGAUUCUUCAUACAAAUUAGAAUCGGGCCCAACUAUCGGCCGACUAAAAAUCGGUAGUCUAAAAACUAAAGACUUGGUGGCUGUAUAAUAUUAUGCCCUUGCCUAUUUUUAUAAAAGAAAAGCAAAGGACAAUGACAGCUGUCGCCGUCUGUCAACUUGACAGAAUGAAAUGUCAGAAAAGUUUUCAAUUUCUUCAUCCAAGCCAUGCGGAUUAUGGAUACAAAUAAUGUUAAUUGAGUAAAUAAGCCGCAAAAUCAAUUCAUUCUAAGACAAAGCCGUGAUCAAUCAAUCAAACUUCAUAAGUAGAGGGUUACUUAUCAGGAAAAUGAUAAAUUUUACAAAACAUAUGUGUUCAUUACGAUCCAAAAGCAAUUUGUAUUUUAGACCUCUCUCAUUAUAUUACAAACAAAAUAGAUACAAUUCAAAUGGUACCAUACUAGGAAUUGAAACUUCAUGUGAUGACACCGGAUGCGCUAUUAUAAACGGCGCAGGUGUAUUAUUAUCAGAAACAUUACAUUCACAGAACUUAGUACACCUGCGAAAUGGAGGAAUAAUUCCAGAUGUUGCUCAAGAUUUGCAUCGUACUCAUAUAGAACCAAUUGUAUCCAAAACACUUCGAAACGCUUCAUUAACCAUGGAGGAUAUCUCAGCCAUAGCAGUAACUCUCAAGCCUGGUUUACCCCUGAGCCUCGCAAUCGGUAUGAAGUACGCCAAGCACCUCGCGCGACGCUUCAAGAAACCUAUCAUACCAAUUCAUCAUAUGCAAGCACAUGCACUAGCAGCAAGAAUGCAUCACAAUAUAGAUUUUCCAUUCUUAGUGCUUUUAAUAUCUGGCGGUCACUGUCUACUGGCUAUUGCUGAAGAUGUUAAUGUUUUCAAACUUCUGGGGGAAAGCAUGGAUAGUGCACCAGGAGAAAUGUUUGAUAAAGUAGCUAGAAAAAUGAAAUUAAGGAAUUUACCAGAAUAUGCUAAAAUGUCUGGUGGUGAAGCGGUUGAAAGAGCUGCUGCCAAAGCUACCAAUCCACAUAUUUUUAAACUACCACUACCUCUGGCUGACUAUAAGGACUGUAACUUUAGUUUUAAUGGAUUAAAAACUUCGGUUUUUUUACACCUUAAAAAGAAAGAGUUAGAGCAUGAAGUAGUGGCUCAUAAAUUGAUCCCAGAAGUAAAUGAUUUAUGUGCUGCAAUGUUAAUGGCAACAUCCAGACACCUGGUUCACAGAACACAGCGAGCCAUUGAAUUUUGUCAUAGAAACAACUUAUUGCCUGAGAAGAAUAAGCAACUUGUUGUAUCAGGGGGAGUAGCUUGUAAUAAUUAUAUUUUUAAUUCGCUAACAAUGUUGUGCAAUGAAUUUGACUAUAGAAUCUGUAGACCACUUCCAAAAUUAUGUACAGACAAUGGAGUAAUGAUAGCUUGGAAUGGAUUAGAAAAGUGGAGAAAAAAUAUAGACAUAAUAAAAGACUUCAGCUCAUUAGAUAUUGAAGCUAUUAGUCCAUUAGGUGAAAGCCUAAUCCCAGAAAUAAGUGAAGCCAAAAUACCAAUUAAAUUAAUUAAAAUAAAAAUGAAUUCAUAAAAAUUAACAUUGUUUAAUUUUUUUAUUCUAAGAAAACAGAAAACACAGAUUUUAGAAGUUUCCAAUAUUUUUCUUUUAAUAAAACUUGAAAAUAUAAGUAAAACUUAUAAUUUAUUGUGAAAGAAUCAUGAACAUAAUAUCUCUACAAAUAAAGAAGUUACAGUUCCCUAAAGUUGCGCAUAACAAAUAUUCCCGCCAUUUUGAUCGGUGGGUGUAGUCACGACUACCGUGCGACUACAGUCAUUCGGAGUACCUACAAGCACAGAAUAAUAAUAAAGUACU